AUGGAGUCUGAUAAGCAAAUCAGAUCCUCCGUGAUUGCCAGAUCGAUGCGUUUCAAUGGACUCUUUCGACCUCUGCAUCAAGAGAAGAUUAUUGAGAAACAGAGCCAACGAAUCCAAAAUUUGAGCUCGAUUUCCAGUUCUGGUUUUAAGGUGAUUCCAACGAAGGAACUCUGUCGUGUUUAUCUCCAGAAACCAGAUUUAUUGGCCUCUAAAGGUAUAAUCGAUGCACAAUCGACGCCUCCUCAUCAGAAGAAAGGUAUGAAAUCGAAGAAUCAUGGAGAGAUAGCAAACCACAGGAAAUUUGGUAGGAGAUUUGAUCAGCAAAACGUGAAAUUGAAGUUGAGACAUCAUCAUACAAGUGUUGAUCAUCUGAAAUCCAAAACCGGGAAGAAAGUGAAUUCUCCUAGAUCUUUUUCUCCUCUUGGUUUUGGUAUUGAUUCUCAGUUGAGAGAUAGGAAGAAAGGACAAUACUUUACCAUUCUUGAGCAGAAACCAAAUGAAAGGAAGAAACUUUGUGAUAGAGCUGUGACGCCUGUGAGAGAAGUUGGUUCCAAGUUGAUGGUUAGUACUUGUAGGGACUCGUCGUUGAGUUUUGAGCGAGACAGAGUUGCUGCAGCAGAUGUGAAGUUUAGGGAUAUGACUUGUUCAGGUUUCAUUAGCAAGGAUGAUAACAAGGAUUCUUCAGAUUGUGUCUCCAAUGCAUCUCCCUCUGGAUGUCAGACGAAUUCGGAAGAAGCUCAUCAACCUAGCCCUGUUUCUGUUCUGGAGCCAAUGUUUGAUGAUGAUUCGUUAGACGAUUGUGAAGAAGUUCCUCAUCUUGAUCUUCAUGGUCUAGAGAAACAGAUUGACACACUGAAAUCAGAAUCGGAGAGUUAUUCUGAUGGGAGUGGGAUGGAAGUUUCAAGCGAUGAUGAAGAGUCUGUGAUUGAUGAAGCCAAAGAAAGCGAGGAAAGUGAGCCAAUUGUGUUCUUGGAUACUCAAGAAAGCAGAGAUUCUUCUUACGUUGACGAUAUCUUGGCUGAAGUUUUACUUGGAGACAAGAAUUGGGAUUUCGUCAUCACCCCGAAGAUCUUUGAGAAGCUGGAGAAGAAAUAUUACACAGAGACAUCUUGGAAGAGAUCUGAAAGAAGGAUUUUGUUUGACAGAGUCAAUUCAGCUCUGGUGGAGAUUCUUGAAUCCUUUACAGCUACACCAACAUGGAAGAAACCUGUUUCUAGGAGGCUUGGCAUUGUGCUAAGCACAAAUGGAUUGAAACAAGAGCUCUGGAAAGUACUUGCCAGGCAAGAGAAGCGAGCUAAGAAGGAGUCAUUUGCAAAAGUGCCAGUGAUAGACAUUGAUGACUGGUUAGAACUUGAAUCUGAUGAUGAGUCAGUGGUUUGUGAGUUAGAAAGUUUGAUAGUGGAUGAGUUGUUGGAUGAGGUUGUCAGCUUCAUGUAG